AUGACCAGAAACCCUACUUAUUUCAUCGUUUAUUUCUCCUCUUCGUCUUUCUAUCCUUCUCAAAAACCGAUCAUGACUAACAAUGGAAGGAUUCCUUCCAGAUGCUGGUGUGGGAAGAGAAUUGUCACUUAUGUUUCAAAAACAGAGGAGAACCCAUACAGAAGAUUCUUCCGAUGUAAGAUUGGUUCACAGAGAAAGAAAGAACAACAUCUUUUUAAAUGGGUUGACGAGGCUCUGCUUGAUGAAAUAGAAAGGAUGCAUGAGCAACAGUCGAUAAUGGCCGAAGAAAUUGAAGAUUUGAGAAGUUCCUUGAAAAAGACAGUGGAGAAAGUGGUUAUCAAGCAUAAGAAGUCGGAAGAUGUAGGACUAAUUGGAUCCAUUCUCACUAUUUUAUGUCUCUGUUCUAAAUUUGAUUGA